UUCUCCAUCCUGCAGAGUACGAAAUUCCCUAAACAACAAAAGAAAUCCCCGAAAAAUAUCCAAAACUGUGUGAUGGCGGCGUGCGGAUUUCACAGCAACGACGGACAAAAUUGCCCAGCAAAUUGCAUAUUCAGAGGCAUCUUUCCGCAAUCUGAUGGGCAUGUUCAAGAGGUGAGUAAGUUUUUCAAGCUUGAAAAUCUAAUCGACUUUGCGAAGAACUUGAGUGGUGUAGAGCGAGAUGAAGACCUGGUACCCACCCAGGGUAUUAAUGGUUUUCUAUGGGAAAUUCACGAAUUCGUGCAAGAUAUCACUACCCGUUCUGGAAGGCCAUAUGCAAGAAUAGAGGCUGUGCUGGAAAAUCUGAGAAAAGCCCGAAGCUAUCUCCCUGGAAAGCCGGCCCUUGCAGAUGCACUGGUGGACAUCUCCAUUCAGAUCCUGGAUAAAAAAAUGGAAGUCCCUAAUUGUUUGGCGCUGGUUGAGGAAUUUAAUCUUGCCUUAGAGAAAGAAGCAGCGGAACAAGAAGAAGCAGCCGAGAAAGAACUUGCGGCCAAAGAAGCUACCGAGAAAGAAGUUGAGGCCAAAGAAGUGGCCGAGCAAGAAGUUGCUGCCAAAGAAGCGGCCGAGCAAGAAGUUGAGCCCAAAGAAGCUGCCGAACAGGAAGUUGCCGCCGAAGAAGCUGCCGAACAAGAAGUUGCGGCCGAAGAAGAAGCCGAACAAGAAGCUGCGGCCAAAGAAGCAGCAGAGCAAGAAGCGGCGGCCAAAGAAGCAACCGACCAAGAAGUCGCAGCCGAAGAAAGAGCGGGCAAAAAAUCCGAUGACUGAUGUUCGACGGAGCCGGUGUUGUUCAUAUUCCAAAGAUUUUUACCUAUUCAAUCUUGAAAAUUUUUCUGAGAUGUUGAGACGUUGGAUUACACAAAGUCUUGUAAUUUCUGGCAUUUCAAUCUUUUGCAUCUCUUUGUCAUUCCCUGUUUCAUUGUUUUACAGAAAAUCCAGAGCAAUUUUGUU